AUGCCCCAAAAUAUGUAUAUUCAAGAAUUGGACCUCCACAAAGGAGUAGUUAUAAGAAUAAAAGGAGAUAUACUGCCUGAUGCAUCAGUAUUUAAAAUUAACCUGGGCAAGAACCAACAUCUGCUUGCCUUUCACUACAAUGCACGCUUCAACUAUUAUGGUCAAUUGAACACAGUCAUCUGCAAUGACCUGACAGAAACCAACUGGGGUACAGAACAAAAGGGAGACAACUUCCCUUAUGUACGAGGGACCACAAUAGAGAUUACCAUAACCUUUGAUGAAAACGGUUUUAGAGUGAGGACGAAUGAGGACUAUACGUUCACUUUCCCCAAUCGCCUUCAGCUUGAAAAACUACAAUUCAUGUCAUUUCAAGGUGACCUCAACGUUAGAAAGGUGGAAUUCCAAUGA